AUGCACCCCGGGGCCCCCACAGCCCCUGCGGUCUCGGAGCCCAGCCCCCGCGAGCUGUGUGCUUUUGUGAGCGGGGCAGCUGCCCACGUGCUACGCACUCUGCACCCCCGGCGGACCCGGCCCCCCAAAAGGAGGCCCAACCACAGGAGGUUCCUUCACAACCAGAUCUGCAGGCAGUUUGCCAAGAUCGAGGCCGCCACCCAGCGCCUGGCCCUGUCCAUCCUGUCCCAGGAGGCUCCUCCCCAGAGACCUUCGCCCCCAAGACCAGCCCAGCCACCUCCAUCCCCCUUCCUGGGGGUGGCCCAUGCUGUGGCCCCCGCCGAGGCAGCCCAUGCAGGCCCCAGCCUGAGCCUCGCUGCACUGGACGCCUCCCCCCUGGACCUCUUUGAUGACAUCGCGCUCACCCCAGAACCUCCCUCAGGGCUGUAUGACCUGCCCCAUGAUGCCGCAGGCCGGCCAGGCCUCAGGCAGACCCAACAUCCCUGUGGCCCUCUGCCCCUGACGCUGCAUGCCCUGGGGGAAGGGGAAGAGCUCCUGGCUCCUGAGGAGGGCUGGGGGGGCAGGAGGGAGACGCCUUGUGCCCACCAUUCUCAGGGGAUCCCCGAGGGCUGGGGAACCUGCUUCCCAUGA